AUAUCUGCUAUACAACUGUACAAAUCCCAGGGCUUCAGGUAGAAGAUUUCAGAUUGUGCAGUGUAUCAACAUAAAAAAUGAAAAUCGGACAUACCAGGUAUAAGUACAAACUCGGUUAAUAUUGGAGGCAUUUUUAUGUGUAGUAUUUCGAACUCCACAGCGGAAAUGCCCUAAUUAUUUUCAUUUUGCCUUUUGAGUAGUUUUGACAUGACUGAAAAAAAAGAUGAGUAAGAUGACCAAAACACAGGACCAAAAUAUGUUGACUCUUGAGUCUUGACUCUUGACGUUUACUUCAUCCACAACUUCGCCACCGCGAUCUCUUGAACUCAAUGCAAUGUCACUGUGCUCAUCUGCUAGAUUCUCGAUUUUACAGAUUUUUGACAUUCAAACAUGGCGGCAUGUCGUCAGUGCUGUGCUGUGUCGUGGUGAGUUGAAAUUUUCACAAAUUUUCGCAAUAUAACACCAAAUUCACAUUAAAAUCUUGUGUAACUAAGAACUCCAAAAUUUAGCAUAGAAAAUUUGAAGUAACAAGAGUAUCCAGCGCAACCACUGGCCUUCCUGGAGACAAAAAAAAUUAUGAGCAUUACAGCACAAUACGCACCCAGCACGCAUUGAAGACAUCUGAGGAUUUUUUAUUUAAUUUUUCAUCUGUUUCAUACAAAUUUUGAGUGACUGUGGAUUGGAUUGUAUUUUUUUAUACCUUUGAAUUAUUUUUUCAUAAGCAUUGUGAACAUUGUAUAUUGUGAUUAAUUAUCAAAGUGGGUAAUUUUUUUGAUUGAUUGCAUGGUAUCGGCUGCCAUAUAAUUGACUCUCGUGAAGUAUUUGUUAUAUAAAUACCGACUCUUAACCAUUCUGUGAUAUUCACUACACUUAAGAAACGAUAAGAAGUGGGAAGAAGUAAGCAAGCAAGCAAAAAGUCAUUGUACUGAACUGAUAACCAUGUCCACGAAUCCUCAGUGGAAGACUUUCCAGCCGCCCCCUGAUACCAUCUCUCAAAACUCUAGCAUCAUGGAUUUCAAAUCUCAGACUGCUAAUGGCAAACCGUCUCAGGCAUACAACUUCAAUCGAUCGACUUCGACCUCUCGUUUCGGCGACUUUCCCAUGCUGCAAGAGAAGCCCCAACAGUACAACAACAGCCUCUACGGCUCCUCGAGCGCCACCGACACCACGCCGAGAUUCCCCAUCGGCACCUUCUCCCUCGACACGAACAACGUGUUCAACAGUAGCGGCGACGGCUCCUCCAACAACGCGGGGGGCGUUUUCUCCAACGGCAACAACAGCAACAGCAGCUACAACAACGAUUCGUCGAACUCGUCGAAUCUGGGCACCAGAGAGACUGGCAUUAUCGAGAAGCUAUUGCAUUCUUAUGGAUUCAUUCAGUGUUGUGAGCGGCAAGCUCGCCUGUUCUUUCACUUCAGUCAGUUCAGUGGCAACAUCGAGCAUCUGAAGAUUGGAGACCCCGUAGAAUUCGAAAUGACUUAUGACAGACGCACCGGCAAACCUAUAGCCAGCGCAGUUACCAAAAUUGCCCCAGAGGUAGUUAUGAGCGAAGAACGCGUCACAGGCACGGUGACCACCGAGGUGAGAUCUUCCGAGGGCUCUGCCGGCGACACGACGGGCCGAAUAAGCUACGAGAAUCGCGGCGAAUGCUUCUUUCUGCCCUACACCAAAGACGACGUCGAAGGCAACGUCACGCUCAGUUCCGGCGAUAAAGUCAGUUUCCAGAUCGCCACCAACAAUCGUGGCAACCUCGGUGCAUGCCACGUACGUCUGGAGAACCCAGCCCAUCCGGUGAAGUACCAAGGUGUCGUCUGUUCGAUGAAGGAGAGCUUCGGGUUCAUCGAGCGAGCCGAUGUCGUCAAGGAGAUAUUCUUCCACUUUUCUGAAGCCAAAACCAAAGAGGAACUGAGAUUAGGGGAUGACGUGGAAUAUAUUAUUCAGACGAGAAAUGGCAAAGAGGUGGCGUGCAACAUAACGCGCCUGUCGCCUGGCACCGUCAUCUUCGAGGACCUCAAGCCGGACAUCGUCAAGGGCCAGGUGCUCAAGCCGAUCGACCGCGGCCCCCGCAAUCCGAACGACGCCUUGCCCGGACGCGUGCGCUACCGGGCGCCCGACCACUCCGAGGUGGAGAUCUCGUUCAGCGAGAAGGACCAGAUGGGCGACUUCACGCUGCGCCACGGCGACUGGGUGCAGUUCCAGAUAGCGACGGAUCGGCGAGACGCGCUGGACAGGGCGACGCACAUCCAGCUGCUGGACGAGAGUUUUACCGUCUCAGGUGAGAAACGAGAACAAGGAGUGGUCGCCUCCAUCAAAGAGGGCUUCGGCUUCCUCAAAUGCGUGGAACGCGAGCCGAGACUCUUCUUCCACUUCAACGAGAUACUCGACGUCGAUCGGACCGACGACCUUCAAAUCGGCGACGAGUUCGAGUUCACCGUCGUCCAGGACCAAACGACGGCGACCAUAUUCUCGUCGAACAACCGGCAGAGCGCCAUCCGCAUGAAAUGGCUGCCGGCCGGCACAGUGCGCUUUGAGGUGAGGAUAGAGGAGGGGCAUACGGGCGUGGUGACCAGCGACGUGCCGCCCAGCGGCUGGAACUCGAGGAGCCCGUCGAAGGGCGGGCAGAACGGGUCGGGGGGCGGCGAGGGGGCGAGCGAAAGUGGGUCGAUCGGGUACUCGGUCGACGGGACGAAGAAGUCGAUAGCGUUCUACGCGAAGGAUUGCAAUGCGAAGCAGUUUCCACGGGCGGGGGACAAGGUCCAGUUCAACAUAAGCCAAGUGAAGAGAAACAAGGAGUUUAUAGCUACCGAAGUGGAGAUACUGCAACCGGCGCAGAACGGCAUCAAACACGGCAUCUCUAGGAGCAGCAACGGACAGGUGUACCAGGGCUUCAUAGCGGCAUUAAAAGACGGUUUCGGUUUCAUCGAAACGAUACAGCACGACAAGGAGGUUUUCUUCCAUUUUAGCAAUUUCGACGGCGACUCCGCCAAUCUGGAACUGGGCCAAGAGGUCGAAUACAAUCUGGGCACGCGCGGCAACUCCGGCUCCUGCUCUUCGGCCGAAAACGUCAAAAUCAUCCCGAAGGGCACCAUCGCCCUGCCGCCCUACAGCGGCGACAUCCUAGAGGGCGCCGUCGCGAGGCCCUUGCGCUCCGUCAAUCCCGAUCAGACCGAGUACUCGGGCAUGAUACGGACGAAGAUCGAGAAUUCCGAUGGGGGUAAGAUGGCCGAUGGGGGUAAGAUGGCUGAUGGGGGUAAGAUGGCGGAGUACGAAUUCGGGAUCAUGGGCUUGGUGAACAAGCGGGAGUUGCUGCAGGUGGGGGACCAGGUGCAGUUCCAGGUGGACGCUACGGGUAGGGCGGCUAAUAUAGUGGCGGUGAGGAAGAAGUUGAGGGCCACCGUCGAUGCUAUAAAGGGGCAUUUUGGAUUUUUGGCCUAUGAGGUGGAGGAGGGCAAGAAGCUGUUCUUCCACAUGACGGAAGUGAAGGACAACGUCGGUCUGCAGGUGGGCGACACUGUCGAAUUCGUGCUCGUCACGAAUCACAGAAGCGGCAAGUCUUCUGCCUGUAACGUCGUCAAAGUCAGUGAUGUACAAGCGAGACCGGAAAGACUAAUCAGUAGACUGCGCACGAUAUCGGUGGACGAUGUCGGACCCAAGUUGACGGUGACGCGUCAGCCGAAGGGCCCCGACGGCUCCAAGGGUUUUGCGCCGGAGUUGCGAUUGUCGCGCAUCCCCGGCACCCUACCGGAAUAAACCGAAACCGGAACAUGCGAAAGAAAAAACAUACAAAACAUAAUAGUCGUGUCCUUGUUUGUGACGAUGAAAACGUUUCUCUCGGACUCGGAAUUUCGAAUUUUAGGCUGAUGAGACGGAAACGUGCAUUCGGUAAUAUGCCACCAAAUUUUCAAGGGAUUGUCCCUAUAGGUCGCGUGCACGGUAACCGACCCUGUAGGUAAAACAUUGAAACACAACCUCACUUUUCUGCAAAACAUUGAAACACAAUACACAACCUUGCUUUUCUUAUUUGUUUGAAUCAAAGUUUUAGCCAUACGAAUCGUGUUUUUUGGGCAAUUCAUUAAUUCAAGCAUGCCAUCACAUUGUGCUGUUGUACAAUGCACAAAAAAUGAAGCGAGAGACGAAGGAAUAUGAUUUUUCAGUUAAAAAUACUGAUCUCACAUAGUUUUCAUUAUGCAAUUAUAAUUCCUUCUGCCACUUCUGCAAUGGAAGCUAAUACUGCUAACAGAGUGAAAAUGUCUACAACACGUACAGGAUCAUAUGUCGUCAGCAUGACAGACCAGUCUCCCGUUUGAUUGCAUGAAUCCAUCUUCUUGCCUUCGUUUAGAAACUUCAGUAUUUGUAUCAGCUCCUAUUGCAGAAGGAACUCCAAUGAGAAAUGGAACAAUGUCAAUAUACAAACUAUAUGUGAGUGACUAGAUCACAAUGUACCUACCUGAAAAAUCUGAUUUCUUCGUCUCUCGCUGCAUUUUCUGUGCAUUGUACAACAGCACAAUGAGAUUGCAUGCUUGAAUUAAUGAAUAGCCCAAAAAUACGAUUCGUAUGCCAAAACAUUGUGAAAAACUAUUUCAAUCCUUUGUAAACAAUAAAGAAAAGUGAGGUUAUGUUUCAAUGUUUUACCGCCAGGGUCGGUCAUCUGACAGAUCUUGCACGCAAUCCAUUCGGAAGGUAGGGGAUCACACCUUCAGUAAAGCAAAUCUCGUCGAAACAGUUCCAACACUCAAUCAAGUAGAUCUCAUUUAUUCCCUGUAUGCUGUAUGAACCAAAGCUCAAGGUCUGGGUUUCAUUAUUUAGGGUGUUGCGAAAUUGGACUUACAUCGCUUCAAAGGUGAUAGACCUCGGAUGAUGAUUAUAAGGUUCUCUAUUGGUUUGUUUUAGAGAUACAGGGUGUUGGGAGUUGAAUAAUUAAAAUCGUUGACACACUGUAUCUCGUGAACUGAACAUUUGACCCUAUGUUCCUACCUUAGUCAUAAACAAAUUACGACCUGUCAAGCAUUGUCUGUCAAAUUUCGCAACACCUUGUAUAUAGCCAACGCCAUGGUGGGUUGCUGGCAUUUCAAGAAGGCGGGAAACGUUUUAUAUAUCUUUAUUCGACUCUAUAGAGGCUUGUUUGUUUGCACAACCUGCCAAACUUGAUUGUUUUUCUGUUUACAUCAUAACAGAGAUAACCUUUAAAAAAACAACUUAAGCAGAAGUUGGGCUACACAAAUGAACAAAUCCUAUAAAUUGAAGGAAAUAUCAUUGAUAUUUUUUUUUUGUCAAGAUGGAUACCUUGCAGGUACUGAUAUUUUUGUGAUGCAUUGCUAACACUCUAACUUGGAUCCAGAGAACAUGAAUAACAUGUUGAAAAUGUCCAUUUUGUACAUAUUUUCAUGAUCCACAGCUUCCUAAUAUAACAAACCAGGUUCGACUAUAAUAAUUAUCUCAUGUCCUAUUUUCCACCUUUUUCUAUAUGAUUAAUCAAUUUGUUCUACAAUUGAUUUCUUAACAAGUCCAAAAAGUCGAAAAAAUUCGAAGCUGCAUGACCCUGAUUGUGAAACUGCCCUUAAAAUAUAAAGUAAAGGCAGUGUGCUCUUUAUACAUUGAAGGGGGUUGUUUAGAAACAUUUGUCAUGUUUGUAUAUCUGAUUAUGACAUUUGUGACUAUCAAUGACGUCAUGCGUUCCUCAUGCGGUGAAUACUGAGCCAUUUGAUUGAUGAAAUUGAUUCAUUUGGUUUCAUCCGUUUCAACUUUGCUACCUCUACAAUGGUGAGAAUGAUCUGGUUAUUAUGGUUGGUGAAACAUUCAGCUUUUGCAAUGCAAAUUCCUGUAGGUUUCAAUUCUGCAACCGUAUUAUUGGUUAGAUUGAUUAUGGCUCAUCCAGUAGUCUUUAAAGUACGAUUUUAUGCAGGCCAAGAACAUUGCCGAUUUCGAAUCGAUAUAUCCAAGAAUAUACAGGGUGGGUCACGGUAGAUGGCACCUUAGACGUUUACGGAGAACGGGACAUAAGAUCAUUCUGAAAAUUUGGUUACUCAUGUAAUUGUUCUUGAUCUAUCGAUCUAAAAUAUUUUCAGCUCUGCGGCGUUGCCGCUUCUAUCGAAAAGUAGCAACAACUUUGUUAUUUUGAAUGGAACACCCUGUAUUUUAUUGCAUCUUCAGAUUCUCUCUGAAUAGCUGAUUUCAUCGAUGUAUCACACUUGAGGUCUAGCGGAAAUGAUUACAGAGAUAUAGGGUGUGAAAAAUCGACAUUUUUCAACUUAAGGAAUUUUUUUGUCGAAACUAUUCAUUAUUG